AUGACGAAGGAACAAUUGGAUAAUAUUGAACACAAGAUUUUGUAUCGUCAAGUCAAGUCAGUCAAAGCUGGAGAUAUUGAGCGAUUUAAAAUCCAUUUCACACCACAUGCUGAAGGAGAUGAGGUAAUUAUUCCACCUACAUUAUGGGUGAAAAUUAGAAAUACCGAGCCAGUAUCGAAAAGAGCAAUAUAUUUAGCUGGACCCUAUAUAUUAUACGUUGAUUGUCGACUGCUGGAUUAUGACCCAAAUGUGAAGUAUUUUGUGACUGCAGACCAACCAGUUUUUGAACCUCAAUUACUUGCUGGACAAUCGUUUUACAUACAAUUAUCAUGUCAUACUUUGAAAAAAGAUUACUCAUGGAUAGUAGACGUUGUGCCACAAAUAAUAUUUAAUAAUACUAUAUCGAUUGAUUUUGAAAUUAUGAUUGGGACAUCCAAACAAAUCUUACAUGAAGCAUCGUUCCCAGAAAAAUCAGUUCCAUUGUCAGAUAAAAUAGGGUGUUUUAAUGAAUUAUUACAUGUAUAUAACUGGGACACAUUAGACCUUUGGAAUUUGCCCGUCAUGAGCCCUGACAAGCCAAAACAUUUAGUGAUAUUAACUCAUGGACUACAUUCGAAUGCAAGCUCGGAUAUGUUGUACUUGAAGGAACAGAUUGAUCGAAUAGCAGAAUUAAGAAAUGACAAUGAGGAAAUUGUUGUGAAGGGUUAUUUUGGAAACAUUGGCAAGACAGAACGAGGAAUCAAAUAUUUGGGUAGUAGAGUGGCAGAAUUUAUUAUUGAUUUAGUAACUGAAAAUGAACUGUUCAAUAAUGGUAAAGUUAAAAAAAUCUCUUUUGUUGGUCACUCAUUGGGUGGCUGUGUGCAGACAUUUGCUAUUGCUUAUUUAAAAGUAAAUUUCCCUUGGUUUUUUGAUGUAAUUAAACCCAUCAAUUUUAUAACAUUGGCGUCACCAUUAUUAGGUGUCGUUAAUGAAAACCCAUUAGUGGUAAAAUGGGUGCUACUGGCAGGAUUUGUUGGUAAUACUGGUCAGGAAUUAGGAUUGAAAUAUUUGGAAAAUGGAGCAAAACCAUUAUUGUUAUUGUUACCAGCUGGCCCUACUCACGAGGUUCUUAAAAAAUUUAUAAGAAGAACCGUGUAUGCCAAUGCCAUUAAUGAUGGCAUUGUUCCCUUACGAACUUCUUCAUUAAUGUUUUUGGAUUAUAAAGGGUUGGCAGAAAUUAUUAAUUCAGAAGAAUUAGCUCAGAGUGAUGAAACAGGGAAAAUACCUGAAUCAGUUGAACUGGCAAAUAAAUUCCUGGCAGUGCAAACUUUUCUAAGUUAUUUAAUGCCUCAAAAACAAACAAGUCAAGAGUAUAGACGAUUUCAAACUCAAGAUGAUAAAGUAGUGGAGGACCAUAAGUCAGAUGGGAAGGCUAUCCCAAAUUCUACUUUUCUUGAUUCUGCCGCUUCUUUGAUUUUACCACCGCUUCCUUCAAUGAAAUAUAUUGUGGAUCCCUCAACUAGAGAAAAUGUCAUAAUUCACGAUAAAGUUUAUUAUGAAAAAGAUUUACCAGAAAGGGAUCUUGAUGUCGAAUUGGAUUCCUUUGAAUGGCUCGAAGAGGAAAUUGCUCGAGAAUAUCAUAAAAAUAUGGGGUGGAGAAAAGUGGUUGUCAAGAUUAAGCCGGAUGCUCACAAUAAUAUAAUAGUGCGUAGGAGAUUUGCUAAUGCUUAUGGAUGGCCGGUUAUUCAACAUUUAGUGGAGAAUCAUUUUGGCCCAAACAGAACUGUUGAUUCCAAGAUGAUUGACAGUGCCAUUGUGGAUCUGGUGAGUACCAAUUCAUUAGAUGAAGAAAAUGGGUUGACAAGAAUCAUAUCAAGAGAUUUGAUUAGUAGGCAGAAUAAAGAGAUUGAUGAUAAUGUCAGUGAAGAACAACGACCCGAAGAAUAUCCACAUGAAUGGAUUAAUUCUGAACAUAAUGGUGAUUCGGUGUUUGCUGUGGGAGUGACAGGAUUAUUAGGAGAAGUUGCUGAUAUGGUUGGAGGAUUUAGAGACCAAAUUACAAAAUACAGUUUAAAUCCUCCAUCUUUACCAAUCAUUGGAGAGAUUCCAUUUCCUGCCGCUUUAAUGGCACCAACUGAUACCAAUAAUGGCAAUACAAAAUCUGAAGAAGAAUUAAAUAAAGACUUGAAAUUGUCUAAUGGAAUAAUGAAUGAUUUUAUAUAG